AUUAAGGAGUAUUUUAGAUCUAAGAGCUAUAGUUGAAAAAUUAUCAGAAUGCCGGUGUAUUCUCCAAGAAUUAUUAAGUGCUCCAGAAAAAAAAGCGUAUAUUGCUCCAGAUGUUUCAACAGACCUCCGGACUUCUUCCUGA